AUGAAGUCUCUAAAGAGGGAUUCCCGCCUCAAAAUAACUCCAGCCAGAUUAUUAGAGGCCGCAGAGAGCUUCAAAGAAAAGAAGAGGGCAAAGGGACCUGAACAACCCACACCCCCAAUUCAGGAAGAGCCUGAACCUGUUAGCAAUGUCCUACAAGGAGAUGACAUUCUUGCUUUGGCCAUUAAGAAGGAAGACUUGAAGGAGCAACAUAUUCCUCGCCUUACUGAAAAGGAAGAUAAACGCGUCAUUACCCAGAAAUUUAUCAUCCGUAAACUCAAACCCACGGAUCCUAGGAGGAAGGUCUGCCACCUUAUAGCACGUCCUGCAAAUCCCGAUGCAGCCACAAAGCCUCUGGACUACUCUGGUACACCCAGUCUCAGCCCUGGCUUCACUGUCUUUCAACUCAUGGGUCCUGGUGACAGCUUCGAUGGCAGUGACCAGAUCCUGCCCCACCACAUCUUGGGGAGUCUCCAGGACUUUAAGAGAAUUGCACUUGCUCGAGGGAACACCCGGCUGGCUGAGCUGAUACCUACCUCAACCAGUCUGAUGACCCUCAUCUCUGCUAAAGGAGAGUCAAAGCAAAAAGCCCCCAAAGAAGAGAAGAGACCUCCCUGGGCCCCACCUCCUCAGCACAACUUUCUGAAAAACUGGCAGCGUAACAUAGCCCUGCGGAAGAAGCAGCAGGAAGCCCUCAGUGAACACCUAAAGAAGCCGAUCAGUGAGCUGCUCAUGCACACUGGGGAGACCUACAGACGGAUCCAGGAGGAGCGGGAGCUCAUUGACUGCACACUUCCAACGCGGCGUGAUAGGAAAAACUGGGAGAACAGCGGGUUCUGGAGUCGACUGGAAUACUUGGGAGAUGAGAUGACAGGUCUGGUCAUGACCAAGACAAAAACUCAGCGUGGCCUUAUGGAGCCCAUCACUCACAUCGGGAAGCCCCACUCCAUCCGGGUUGAGACAGGAUUACCAGCCCAGAGGGAUGCUUCAUAUCGCUACACCUGGGAUCGGAGUCUAUUUCUGAUCUACCGACGCAAGGAGCUGCAGGAAAUCAUGGCAGAGCUGGAUUUCAGCCAGCAGGAUAUUGAUGGCCUGGAGGUGGUGGGCAAAGGGCAGCCCUUCUCAGCAGUUACUGUGGAAGACUACACAGUGUUUGAAAGAAGUCAGGGAAGCUCCUCUGAAGAGACAACAUACUUAGGCACAUUGGCCAGUUCCUCUGAUGUCCCCAUGCCUAUUCUCGGCCCUUCUCUUCUGUUCUGUGGGAAGCCAGCUUGCUGGAUCAGAGGCAGUAAUCCACAGGACAAGAGGCAGGUCGGGAUUGCUGUUCACUUGACCUUUGAAACCCUGGAAGGUGAGAAAACCUCCUCAGAACUGACUGUGGUCAAUAAUGGCACCGUGGCCAUUUGGUAUGACUGGCGACGGCAGCACCAACCGGACACUUUCCAAGACCUGAAGAAAAAUAGGAUGCAGCGAUUUUACUUUAACAGCCGGGAAGGUGUGAUUCUGCCUGGAGAAACUAAAACCUUUACCUUCUUCUUCAAGUCUUUGACUGCUGGGAUCUUCAGGGAAUGUUGGGAGUUUCGAACCCAUCCUACUCUAUUAGGAGGUGCUGUGCUGCAAGUCAAUCUCCAUGCGGUCUCCCUGACCCAGGAUGUUUUUGAGGAUGAGAGGAAAGUACUGGAGAGCAAACUGACGGCCCAUGAGGCAGUCACCAUCGUUCACGAAGUGCUGCAGGAGGUGCUGAUGGGCGUCUUGACCCCGGAGCGCACACCAUCACCUGUGGAUGCCUAUCUCACCAAGGAAGACUUGUUCCGGCACAGGAAUCCUCAGCUGCAUUACGAGCACCAAGUGGUGCAAAGCCUGCAUGAACUGUGGCGCCAGUACAUGACCCUGCCCCCCAAGGCUGAGGAGGCCAGGCCAGGGGACAAGGAGCACGUCAGCCCCGUAGCCACAGAGAAGGCCUCUGUGAAUGCCGAGCUCUUACCGCACUUUAAGAGCCCCAUUUCUGAACCUCAAGUGCCCCAGCCUGAGAACGAGGCCCUCAGGGAAUCCGGGUCCCAGAAGGCCAGAGUGGGAACCAAGAGUCCUCAGCAGAAGAGCAUCAUGGAGGAGAUCCUGGUGGAGGAAAGCCCAGAUGUGGACAGCGCCAAGAGCCCCUGGGAGCCGGAUGGCCUUCCCCUGCUGGAGUGGAAUCUCUGCUUGGAGGAUUUCAGAAAGGCAGUGAUGGUGCUCCCUGAUGAGAACCAGAGAGAGGAUGCGCUGAUGAGGCUCAACAAAGCAGCCCUGGAGCUGUGCCAGAAGCCAAGGCCAUUGCAGUCCAACCUCCUGCACCAGAUGUGUUUGCAGCUGUGGCGAGAUGUGAUUGACAGCCUGGUGGGCCAUUCCCUGUGGCUGAGGUCUCUGCUGGGCCUACCUGAGAAGGAGACCAUCUAUUUGAAUGUGCCUGAAGAGCAAGAUCAAAAAUCACCUCCCAUCAUGGAAGUGAAGGUACCUGUGGGGAAAGUUGGGAAGGAGGAGCGGAAAGGAGCAGCCCAGGAAAAGAAGCAACCGGGGAUCAAAGACAAAGAAGACAAGAAAGGAGCCAAGGUACUCGGGAAGGAGUCAUGCUGGGGUCAGGACCGUCCCAACAGCAAGAAGCUCAGGGCAAAGGACGACAAGAAAGUCAUAAAAUCUACAAGUCGGGACAGGUUUUCCUUGGAAGACCCUAUCCCUGACAUCAACCUCCCUUCUCAAGAACCCAUAGACCCCCUGGUCAUGGAGAAAUACAACCAGAGGCUGCACAGCGAGGUCCAUGGGCUGCUGGACACCCUGGUGACCGACCUGAUGGUCCUGGCUGAUGAGCUCAGCCCCACAAAGAAUGUCGAGGAGAGUUUGCAUCUCUGCAGGUGA